UGGUUAACCCGGAAGUGGAACUGCUUGACCUUCUUCAGUCUUUUCAGGGUUUUGCGGCGAAGUCUCAAAAAAGUGUCUUCAAAUGAUGCAGCUCCACUUCACUAAAGAUGCUUUACCGGCGUCUGUCAGCGGCGACUUCCAAAACCUCAACAAAUUCAACGAGCAGCAAUUUCUUCGACUGAUGGAAAUUCUCUUCCAGUUUUUGUUAAAGCCCAAAGAGACAGAGAAGUUAAUGCAGCAGCUAAGUGACUUUGCAGGUGAAAACAGGAUGAGUGCAGGCCCACUCAAAAACCUCAUGAAGAGCGUCAUCUUCGUGCCACAGGGUGCGAUGAAGCGAAACCUGACGGCCGAGCAGCUGAAAGAAGAUCUGCAGACUUUAGGACUUCACGAGGACAAGGCGGCUCAUUUUUCACAACAGUGGGCGGAGCAUCGCGCGGGGCUGUGCAGACUGGCCGCACAGCAGACGCUGACCGUCAACCGGCUGGUGGACAUGGAAUGGAAGUUUGGCGUGACUGUCGGUACCAGCGAGAUCCACAAGAUGAGCAACAUCUUUCUGCAGGUGAAACUAGUUGUCCAGAAGGGGAAUGCCACAGAAAACCUCUACAUGGAGUUGAGCCUCCCUCAGUUUUACAACUUCCUGCACGAGAUGGAGAGAGCCAAGGCGAGCAUGGACUCGUUCAGCUGAGUGUGCGUCUACAUUUGUGUAGCCUUUUGUCUUUGUGUUUAUGCAUUAUGCGUGGGCACAAUUUCAAAUUUCGACAAGCCACAACACAUUUAUAUCCAAUAAUAAAGUUAUGUCAAAAAUACAA